AUGAUUCGUCAAAUGUUGAUAUUGACUCUGUGUAGCCUGCUAUUUGCAGUUGCUAGAAGUGAUACAAAUUAUCGUCUUAAUACAAGCAUAGUACCAUCAUCAUACUCUAUUGCUAUAACUCCGUACUUUGAUACGGGUGACGAUAAAGCUUUUACGUUUGACGGAGAAGUUAUUAUUAAAUUCAUAACAGAAUCUAAUAUUCAUAGGAUAAAAAUUCAUUCAGUAGAUUUGAAUUUUAAUGCAUCUGAUAUUAAUAUAAGCAGCGGUUCAGUAUCAGUUAAAUUGAAUGAAGCGAAUCCAUUAGAGUUUGACAAAAAAUACGAUUUUGCUUACAUCAAUUUGGAAUCAGAGCUUAUUGCUGGAUAUGAGUAUGAACUAAGUAUCGAUUACAAUGGACCAAUAAGAAAAGAUCUUAAAGGAUUUUAUAUGAAUCAUUAUUAUCAAGGUGGAGUAAAAAAAUGGUUAGGAGCAACACAAUUUGAAUCAACACAUGCACGAAAAGCAUUCCCGUGUUUUGAUGAGCCCGGAUUAAAAGCGGUAUUCACACUUAUAAUAGACAGACCGGCAAGUUUUAAACCAAGUUUGACUAACACAAAAAUACAGAGUACUGUGCCACUGGCAAAUGGCUAUGUAAGAGAAAUAUUUUACCCGACACCUAGAAUGUCUACUUACCUGGUAGCAUUUCUUAUAUCGGAAUUUGAAAGUGUAACAACGAUCAAAAAUGGAGACAAUGAGUUCGGUGUAUACACUCGUCCAGAAGCAAUUAAUCAAACAGAAUACGCCGUUGAUUUUGGGCAAAAGAUUGUAGACGCUCUCGGUGAUUACUUUGGGAUCGAUUAUUACUCUGUGGAUAGUAAUUUAAAAUUGGACCACGUUGCUCUUGUAGAUUUUGAUUCUGGAGCUAUGGAAAAUUGGGGACUUGUGAAAUACAGAGAGUCUCUAUUGUUAUACGUUCCGGAAGAUUCAAGCCCGUACUACAAAUAUAGAGUGGCACAAAUUGUUGCACAUGAAACUACGCACAUGUGGUUUGGAAAUCUGGUCACUUGUCAUUGGUGGAGUAAUACAUGGCUUAACGAGGGAUUUGCUAAUUACUUUCAAGAUUACAUGACUUCUUUAAUUGAGCCAACCGUCGGAGCUGCUGACCAACUGGUAAUAGGCUCCGUGUAUGCGGCCUACGAUGCCGAUGAAAAAUCAGAUGCUGUUCCGAUAACCAAUAAUGUAGUGAAUUCACCUGAAGAAAUCAGCGGCCAUUUUGGUACGAUUACAUACCAAAAAGCUGGCUCUGUAAUUCGCAUGAUUCAUCACUUUAUUGGUAAUGAUGCGUUUAAGUUUGGACUUCAUACAUAUUUAAAUGCCAAUCAAUUGCAACCCAGUUACCCAGAGAAUUUGUACGCUGGUUUAGAAGAAGGAGUUGCUACUUUCAACUCGCUUUCUAGCUAUCCAGGAUAUGAUUUAACUUCUGUCAUGAGUUCUUGGAUAUCUCAAGCUGGACACCCUGUAUUACACGUCGAAGUUGACCAUGCUAAUUCAUUAGUGAAACUUAAACAGAAACGGUUUUACAUCGACCCUACUAAAUCAUCAGAUGAGCUAUACAAAAUACCAAUCACAUACACCACAAGCAAUGCUCCGAACUUUGAAAAUACAAAACCGAGCUUUAUUAUGGAUGGUGAAACCUAUGAACUCUCGGUAAAUCUUACAGAAGACACGUGGAUUAUAUUUAAUGUUCAAGAAACAGGGCUUUACAGAGUAUCAUAUGAUGUUCACACUUGGCAAUUAAUAUUCAAGGCAUUGAAAGGAACUAAAAGGGAAGAAAUUCACUAUUUAAACAGAGCUAAGAUUAUAAACGAUUUGUUCGCAUUUCUAUUCACCGGUGAAAUUAAAUUUGCUAUGCUAUACGAGGGACUAGAGUUUUUACACGAAGAAAAAAGUUAUCCCGUUUGGUACGCCGCUGUUCGUGGUUUAAAGAAAUUAAGGACUAUGUAUAUUGGAAGCGAAACAUUAUCCUUAAUUGAUGCAUAUUCUCUCAAAUUGAUUGAUAGUGCAAUCAAAAAUCUAGGCUAUGAAGUAAAUCCUAUGGAUGAUUAUGACACACUUAGAAAUAGAAUGCAAAUCCUUGACUUGGCUUGUCAACUCGACCAUCAAGGUUGUAUUGAUAACGCUGCAGCGAAGUACAAAGACCUGAAGGAAAAUGGAAAAGAAAUAUCGCCAAGCUUACGUUCGGUCUCUUACUGUACGGGACUACGGCUUGGAGAUGGGAAAGACUACGACUUCUUAUGGAGUCGGAUGGCGUCUACAAACGUCGCGAAUGAAGCACGAACCAUUGGAGACAUAUUGGGAUGUACAGCAGACGAAGAGAAGUUAAGAAGUUUCCUAGUAUCGACGCAAGUAGAAAACAGUCCAAUACUAACUCAAGAUCUAACUGUACCCCUAAGCAGUGUUCUAGCUAAUCACAGCCACGUUUCCCUGGUAAUUGAAGAAUUGGACAAGAACUUAGCACUAUGGAAAUCUAUUUAUCCAUCUUUCGACGGAGUUCUAUCGUCAAUCGCCACAGCUCUACAUACAGAAAACGAAUUUGAUACUUUCGAUUCCUGGCUAUCUUCCUGUGAGGAAUGUGGUGAUGAAGCCGUAACAAAAGCGAAAACUUCUUUGGCAGCAGCAAAAGCAGUAACAUCAUGGGCUGACAAUCAUAAUUUAGAUAUCCUGGCCACCUUAAAGGGCAGCGCUCGUAUUGUUACUUCCUCUAUGUUUAUGAUUCUUUCUGGUAUACUUUGGGCAGUUUGUGCCUUGUAA